AAGCCGCCUCAGUCUUAUAUAUAAAUAUAAAUACCCUGCGACGUCCAUAAACACAUCAGUUAAUUUAAAGUUAUAGAAGGAAAACAAAGAGAAAGAAACGAAAGAGAUCAGAAAUGGCAACCAUAUGCAAAGGUAAGAAUUCGUGGCCAGAACUUGUUGGGAAAAACGGAGAUGAAGCAGCGGAAAUCAUAAAGAGAGAAAAUCCUAACAUUGUUGAUGCCAUUGUGAUUUUGGAAGGAACUGCAGUGAUUGAGAACUUUAGGUGCGAUAGGGUUUGGGUUAGGGUCAACGAGUGCAGGAUUGUUACUGAAGUUCCUACAAUAGGCUAAAAUUGUUCUAAUUGCGUUUGUAAUUUUAUUUUCUUAAUUAAUAUAUAUAUGUCUAUAAAUAUAAUAUUGUAAUACUCUCAAAA